GGAUAGAGGGCUGCGGUGCGGGCCGAACGACGCGUGCCUCACCGCCCAUUGUGUCGGAUCGAGGCACUGCAGUGUGCGUUGGAAUGACGCUGCGGAGGGGGAUGAGGGCCCGGCUGGAUGGUUGAUGCUACAUUGCACAGAGUCGAGCUUGGUGCAGCGAGACAGUGAGAUGGGCGGAUGCAGCAGACAGUGAGAUGGGCGGAUGCAGCAGACAGUGAGAUGGGCGGAUGCAGCAGACAGUGAAAUGUGCAGAUGCAGCAGACAGCGAGAUGGGCGGAUGCAGCAGACAGCAAGACGUGCAGAUGCAAGCAGACACGGCGAGAAAGAAAAGGCAUUCGCGGUAACCUCGUCGCACAGCCAGCACGGCGGCUCUACGCGGCCUCCUCCGGCUCCGGAGCCUCGCUUGCUUAGCACAGAGAUAGGCAUGUCUGCACGGGGAACGGCAGUUCUUAGCUGGAGCCGCUCUCUGAGCAGUCCUCUCCUCUCCUCGUUUCUCCCCUCUCCCUCCUUCGUGGCUGCGAUGCUGGCCGCAGACGUCUCACCCAAGCGCGGGCGGGCUCGGGCGCUAGAGCGUCGGUCCCAGACUUGCCCCCUGGCGCAGCAACGGACCGCGGGGAUCCGCACUGCCGCUUUUGGCAACACAGCGGCUGGGGGCCUACAUACAAACGCAGGCAUGGUGCUUACAUACAAACGCAGGCAUAGUGCCUACAUACAAACGCAGACACGGUGCUUACAUACAAACGCAGGCAUGGUGCUUACAUACAAACGCAGGCAUGGUGCUUACAUACAAACGCAGGCAUGGUGCCUACAUACAAACGCAGGCAUGGUGCCUACAUACAAACGCAGACAUGGUGCUUACAUACAAACGCAGGCGUGGUGCUUACAUACAAACGCAGCUUAUGCGGGGGAAAUGUGAUAAAGUAGCAUCGCGGGGGAAAUGUGAUAGAAUAGCAUCGCGGGGAAAUGUGAUAGAGUAGCAUCGCGGGGAAAUGUGAUAGAGUAGCAUCGCGGACGAGAGAAAGACAAGUGUG